CAUCUCCACGGCAAAGAAACGAGUCCAUCGUCUAAACCGCAUCCUCCAAUCUGAAGCCAGCCUCCCCGCAGCCCUCACCGCCAUGGCGACCGCCGACGACUCCGACGCCGCCGGCGAGGUCCGGCGCUUCCUGGCUCACCUAGACUCCCAGCAGCAGCUCCUUGCGGACUGCCACGGCGCCUGGUCGCGCGCCCUCGCGCACUUCGCCUCGCUCGAGGAGGACCUCGCUUCCCGCUCCGCCUCCCUGGAGGAAGCCCUAGCCGCCGCCGACGCAUCCACCUCCGAGUCCCUCGCCGCGCUCGAGGCCUGCGAGGCCGCAGUCCCCGCGCGCCUCGCUGAGGCCUCCGCCGCGCUCUCCGCCGCCGUCGCCGAGGCCGAGGCCGAGGCCGAGUCCGCCGCGCCGCCGCCCGCCGACGUCAGGGGCGCGCUCCGGUGGAUAUGCCGCCGCAUGGACGCCGCUGCGCUAUGGCGCUUCAUGGCCGCGCGCCGCCGGGAGCUCGCCGCGGUCCGGAGGGAGGCUGGCCCCGCCGUCGCCGCCGCGGUCGAUCCGCCCCGCCUCGUCCUCGACGUGGUAAGCGACUUUUUAGCCGAUGGAGAGGGCGCCAGAGAGGACCAUUGCUGGGUGCUCGGCUUGCUGCUGCGCUCGUUGUUCGGUUCCGAUGGCCGGAAGCCGCCGGGGAUAGGAGAUACGUUAGUUGAGAGGGCAGUCGCAGUCACCAAGGAGUGGAAAGAGCGGUUUGGGAUCAAUAUGGACAAAUUGGCUCCCGGGAACCUGGAGGUGCAGAUGGUGGAAGCGGUUGGCGAAGACAAUGCAGCAGCAACAGAGAAGAAAGAAGAGCAUGGAGAUGGAGAAGAAGAGGAAGAGGAGGAGGAACCGGAGGAGCUGUCUCUUGUGUCAGGGGACGAAGAGGAGGAGGAACCAGAGGAAGUAGAGGAGGACCCUGAGGAAGUAGAGAAGGAAGCAAAGGAGGAGAAGAGAGAAGAGGCAGAGGGGAAGGUGGCUGAAGAGGGAGAAGGGGCAGAGAAGACAGGACCAGAGGAAGAGAAGAAGGAAGCAGGAAGGGAGACCAAGGAGGGGGAGAAGGGAGAAGGGGGUGAUAAGGGCACACCGGAGCAACCAGAGGCGCAGAUAUUCCUGCAGAUGGUAGCGGCAUUUGGAUUGAAGGACAAGUUUGAUGAAGAGUUCUUGAGAAGGCUGUUUGUUGCUAAUGGACGGAGGAGGGAGCUUGCCAGGAUUGCGUGCGUGCUUGGAUUCGAGGAGAGCCUAGGAGAUAUUGUUGAAGAUCUGAUAAAGUCAGGGAAUGUGAUAGAGGCUAUACAUAUUGCUUAUGAGGCUGAUUUGCUUGAGCUAUUUCCACCUGUGCCUCUCCUCAAAUCUUAUCUGCAGGACUCCAGUGACAAGGCUCAGGCUGUGCUGAAAAGUGGAAGACAUUCCAGCUCUGCUGUUGAAGAGGCAAACAACCUGGAGUGCAAUGCAUACAGGUCCGUCAUCAGGUGUGUCGAAUCCUGCCAGCUACUAUCAGUGUUUAACAUCGAUGGCAUAAAGAAGAAGCUAGCUAAGUUGGAGAAAGAGAAGGCUGAGAGGAAGAAGCCAGGGAGCAGAUUCCAGAACAAGCGAGCACGGGGAGCGGCCGGGCCUCAUCCAUUCCCUGCUGCCAAGUCUGCAAGGGGCUCAAGCUCCAGCUUCGGUCCAUCCUUCCAAAACCCAAUCUCACGUUCCUUCAGCUACGCUGCUCACGCUGGGUACGUGAGCCCAGCAUCUGCGGCGCCCUACUAUGCUCCUGGGAGCGUGGCGGGGCGACGAGGUGGUGUGAUGUACGGCGGACCUGGAGCGGCAUAUGGUGGUGGCCAUAACUUUGCAGCCGGUGCAGCGCAGCAACCGUUCCGUCGUUAGGAGUAAGCUGUUGUUCCCUGAAUGUUCCUUGUUUCUGGCUGAUAGGAUCAUGUAUAACUUUUGUCAUUUAAGCGUACUCAUUGUUCAUUCUCAAUAGACGGAUUGCAAGAUAUUGAAGGUUGUUAGUACAACAUUUUAUGGUGCUGUGUUUUCUUUGAUUA